AUGCUUCUGCUUGUCCCAGCCUCUGUUGCAUGACUCCGCGUCUGUGUGUGUGUCCGUCAGGCGUCCGAGGUGCAGGCUAUGAUCGCCAGUGACCGCAGUGGUCUGUUUUCUAAUGGAGUGACUGUGGCCGGCAAGAAGUGCACGGUUCUGAGAGACGCUCUGAAUGUGGACGGCCAGAACACCAUGGACAUCAAGAUGAAGACCUCCGAGAAAGAGCCCGACCCCUUCUCCUUCACCAUCGGCAGAUCGCACAAAGCGAUAAUCAUUGCUAAAGGUGUAAAAGAUGCUCACGGAGGCAAAGUCAAUCCCCCCGUCUUUGACAUGACCGCAUACCUCAGGAAGAUGAACAUGUGAACAAGCCCCGCCCCCUGCCCUACUGACUCCGCCCACUUCACCUGUCGACCUGAUCUCCAUUCAUAAAGCCCGAAGAACCGCUCCACGAUCAACCGAACAUGUGCUUGAGAAGCCUCAUCUUCAUCAUCAUCAUCAUCCUCAUCUCGGUUUAAACAUUCCAGGAGUCUGAGAUCUCGGUUUCUUCUCCGGUCAGGCCGUGGAACGCAAACUCCAGUUAAUAUCUAACUCAUUUAUUGGUUUUAUCACAAAUUAGUUGAUUGAUUUAUGGUACUAUGGUACUUUCUGUGUUUUGGACGGGCGGAGCGUCCAGUCAAACGGUUUUAGCAUUUCUUUGUAUGAUUGUCUGUGUGAAAUCCUGCUGAAGAAAACCGAGAAAUCUGACUAUUAGAUGCCAAAUAAAGAGAGAAAGCGUUUGUACGGAGC